AAGCAGCAUGGAGGAGGUCCGCGUCGCGAUCGUCAAGGCGACCGACCUCGUCGGCAACGACGGCUUUGGCUCCAACAAGACGUCCGACCCGUAUGUGGCCAUCACGUACCUCAACAGCAGCUAUGCGGUCAUCAAGGGCGAGACGAAGAAGACCAAGGACAUCCCGUCGACGGUCAACCCGGUCUGGAACGAGACGCUCCUCGUGGGCCGCGACGUCGACCUGCGCACGGUCUCGUUCCUCGCGCUCACGAUCUACGACAAGAACAUGCUCAAGGAUGUGCCACUCGGGCGCGUCUUGCUGCCCAUGGACGUUGUCCGGAGCGCGCUCCUCGGGCCCGUCGUGCUCGAGUCGCCGGUCGAGAAAUUCGACCGCGUCAAGGUCGCGACCGGCACCUUGUUUCUCGAGCUCUCGUCCAAUGCGCCGGCGCCAACGCCGAGAUCGGCGCCAGGCGACGUGGCCAUCGAGGUGGGCGGCCCGCCGAACGUGCUCCACAUUACGAUCGACCGCGCGACGGGCCUCAAGGCCAUGGACUCGAACGGCUUCAGCGACCCGCUCGUGGUGGUCUCGUGCCAAAAAGAAAAGUUCUCGACCACGACGAUGCCCAAGACGCUGACGCCGGUCUGGAACGAGUCGUUCCGGAUGCCGAUGACGGACGCGACGCAGGAGAUUUUGUUUGUCGUGGAAGACUUUGACAUGCUCUCGAACGACGUCAUUGGCCGCGCCAAAGUGUCUAUGGAGUCGCUUUCCGACGGCCAGAAGAAGACGUUGGACCUCGACCUCUGCGACAAGAAGUUCAAAAAAGUCGACGGCCUCGGCGUGCUCACCGUGACGCUCCAAUGGGUCUACCGGUCCAACCUCAACGAGAUCAUCGAGUCCAACAAGAAGAAAAAGGGCGGGAUCUUCGACAAGGUCAAGAACGUCAUGAGCGCUCCGGACGCCGGCGACGACGACGAGGAAGGCUUGGACCCGACCGACGCCAAAGAAGCGCCCAAGAAGAGCGACGAAGAGCUUAAGAAAGAGGCCGAAGAGAAAGAAAAGGCGCUGCAGGAAGAAAAGAAAGCGCUCGAAGACAUCAACAUCAAGUCGGGCGACUACUCGAUCCAAGUCCAUGUGAUUGAAGCCCGGGAUCUCGUCGGGAAGGACGCGACGGGCACGUCGGACCCCGUCGUGUUUGUCGACGUCCUCGACCAGACGCAGCACACGGCGACGAAGAAGCAGACGCUCUCCGCGGUCUGGGACGACAUUCUCAUCUUCAACUUUCGCGAGCUGGACAAAGAGAUUGUCGAAAUGGGCGCGAUCAAGCUCCGGGUCAUGGACGCCAACACGCUCACGCGCGCCGAGCUCAUUGGCGAGACGCAGUUCGACACGUCGUUUGUCUACUCGCACAUCAACCACCAGAUCUGCAACCAGUGGCUCGGCCUCAUUGCACCCGGGCACGACUCGGUGCAGGGCUACCUCCGCGUCUCGAUCACGAUCCUCGGGCCUGGCGACAAGUUUGCGCCGCCGCCGCCGCUCGGACCGGCCGACGCGGGCGUCGACGGCGUCAUGAUGCCGCCCAGCGUCAAGCAAGAAGUCAACUUUCUUGUCGCGACGGUCCACGUCGGCGAGCACCUUGUGCCGAUGGACAGCCUCCUCGGGGGCCUCAAGCAGGGCCUCGACGCGUACGUCGAAGUGAGCCUUGGCAGCAACGACGGCGUGCGCACGCGUGUCAAGACCAAGAGCGGCGAGCGCCAUCUGCUCAACCCCGCGUUCAACGACGAGCUCUGGAUGGUGCUCCGCGAGCCGGGCUUGGCCAACAACAUUACGCUCUGCGUGAAAGACUGGGACAAGAUUGGCAAGGACGAGGUCGUUGCCCACGCGUACCAGUCGCUGCGCUUGAUCAAGAAGCUCCUGGCCAAGACCGGGAGCGCGUCGCCCAUGUGGCUCAACUUGUACGGCGCGCCGCUCGAGGGGGCGAAGACCAACCUCCUCAACGCCUCCGAGACGGUCGAAGCGCAGAUGAACAAGUUUCCCGACACGGCGUCGUUCUACCGCGGCCGCAUCCUUGUGACGUUUGAGAUUCGGUCCAACGACCUCAAGCUCGAGGAAGUCAACCGCCGCGUGAAGGCGACGCCGCUGCCCAAGUCGCUGUACCCGCCGACGUCGGUGUACCGCAUCCGUGCGUUUGUCGGGUCGGGCACCGACAUUCCGCAGUUGACGUCCAUGAACAUUGCGAAGAAGUCGCGCAUGCAAAUCGUCAUCACGUGCGGGCUCCAAGAACUCGCUUUUGAGCGCCAGCGCAACGAGAAGGGCCUCGUGGUCUGGAACCAGCUCUGCGAGACGGACAACCUCGUGUUCCCGUCCGACCCGGACCAGAUUCCGGAUGUGUUUGUGUACCUCUGCAAGGGCGCGGUUGGCGACAAGAUGAACCCGCGCAAGCAGAUUGCGUACAAGCGCUACAAGGCCAAACAUCUUUUGGACGAGCGCAUGGAGAAGCCGCCGGCAUGGGUGACGCUCAAGGAAGAUUCGUGCGUCGACGCGCUCGGCGACGAAGUGUUUCCUGGCAACAUCCUCCUUGCGCUCGCGAUGGGCACGGACGAGACGGCGAAGGCAACGCGGCCGGCGUGGGAUAGCACGUUUGACCAAGGCCUCUUGGAGAAGCGCCACGCGUACCAGGUGCACGUCAACUUGUACCAAGGCCGGCAGCUGCCCGCGCUCGACGACAAUGGACUGAGCGAUCCGUAUGCCAAGGUGCGCCUCGGCGCCGACGAGAUGCGCAGUGAAGUGCGCAAGAAGACUCGCGACCCGAUGUGGUACCAAACCUUUGUGUACGACGUGAUGCUGCCGCCGCUCGACAUGCUGCACUUUUCGCCGCAGGUGAUUGUGCGCUUGAUGGACCACGACAAUGGCAUUAGCGAGUCGGGCCACGACUACAUGGGGUCGGCGUUCAUUUCGUUCAACGCGUCCAACGUGCGACCGAUUGGCGACGCCGAAGAGAACCUCCCGGCGCCAAAGUGGUUCAACCUCAUGCAGCAAGAAGAGGGCGACACGGAAGGCGCGAUCCUUGCCUCGGUCGUUGUCUACUGCCUCGACAUGCCCGGCGCCGUCGUGCCCGUGCCGCGCCCGAUCGUCCCGAAGAUGCGCCGCGCGUACAUUGAGAUCAUCGUGCUCGGCCUCCGCGACAUGAAGCCGUUCCAGUUCCUUCCGAUUCAGCUGCCGUUCAUUGAGUUUACGCUCGGCGGCAAGACGCAUGCGAACCAAGAGAUGAAGACGGAAAAGUCCAAGCGACCGUCCGGUGUCAACCCCAACUUUCUCCAGCGUAUCGUGCGCGAGGUCGAGCUCCCAGAAGACUCGCAGUUUGCGCCGAUGCUCAACAUUAUGGUCCGCGACACGCGCCUCGGUGGCUGGAGCACGCCCACGAUCGGCAAUGCGUCCAUCGAUAUGACGACGAAACUGCCGUGGGGUGACAACUACGUUGCGCCGCAGCGGAUGAGCUUCAACCACGUCGAAGACGAAGAGAUGGAGGGCAACGAGGACGACGACGCGGAAGAAGACGAUGCGAUGCUCUCGGGCCGGCGCACGGCACCCGGGGACAUUGGCGCCGGUGUGUUUGGCGCGCUCCAGUCGAUGAACGUCGCGAUCGAUUUGGACGACCCGGCGUUGCUCUCGGGCCAACGGACCGCGGAAGGCGACGAGCUCGACAUUGGCGAGGCUGAGAUCGCCGACGAGUUUGAGGUCAAGCGCGCCAAGUUUAUGAAGAACCGCGAGGACCUCACCGACGGCCUCGAGUCCAAGCUGGUGACCAAGCCGUUCGAGACGUAUGCGCUCACGAUCGGCCAGAAGAAGAAGAAGUCGUCGUUCCUCUCGUCGCUCAACCCGCUCAAGUUUGGCACCAAGAAGGCGGCGGCCGCCGCGGCACCGACGUCGACCUUUCACGUCGCGGGUAUCUUCAAGGGCCUUGUGCGUGUGAUUUUGGACGAGAACGAGCCGCCGCUCAUCAACAUGGAGAAACUGCUCAACCCGCUGCCGUACCAAGUGCGUGUCUACGUUCUGAACGGGUCGAACUUCUCGCCCAUGGACCCGAGCCUCGAUGGCACGCCGGGCAAGUCGGACCCGUAUCUGGUGCUUCGCCUCGGGAAGGAGACGAUCAACGACCGCAAGAAUUUCAUCGAUGACGUUGUCGACCCCGACUUUUACAAGGUGUACGAGUUCAAUGUGCACUUUCCCGGCGCGUCGACGCUCCAAAUUGACGCGUUCGACCACGACUUUAUUGGCGGCGACGAUCUCAUUGGCUCGACGACCUUGGAUCUCGAAGAUCGGUUCUUUGACAAGAACUGGCAGGCGCUCGGGAAGGAGUUCCAGACAACCGAGCGCUGGGGGCCCAAGCCGCUCGAGCAGCGCGCGCUCACGAUCCCAACGUCGCGGGCGCAGAUGGGCCAGCUCAAGCUCUGGGUCGACAUUUUGACCCCGAGAGAGGCGGCCAACUACCCGCCCGUCGACAUUGCGAUGCCGCCGGCGCAGCACUACGAGCUCCGCGUGGUCAUUUGGAAGACGAAGGAGGUGCCGAGCUUUGACGAGAUCACCGACAUGAACGAUCUCUUCGUGCGCGCGUCGCUUGAAGGCUGCGACUACCAGGACACGGACAUCCAUUGGCGCGCCAAGAAGGGCAAGGCGAGCUUCAACUGGCGCAUGAAGUUCCCCGUCGCGCUCGGCCACAAGCAGCACAACUCCAAGUUCCCGUACUUCAAGAUGCAGAUGUGGGACAAGGACAUUUUCUCGUCCAACGACUGCAUCGCCGAGGGCAUCCUCGAUCUGAGCCCGCACUUCAAGAAGGUGUGCCAGCUCAAGGCGCCGCUCCAGAUCUUCCAGGACAAGACGCCCAAGAAGAAGGUCAAGGAGUCGCCGAAGGAAGCCCAGAACAACGACGCGAUCCGGUCCAUCAAGGAGGCCACGGGGCUCUGGGACACAGACCCGACCGACUCGACGUGGAUCAAGAUGGAGCGUCUCAACCGCGAGACGGGCCAGAAGGAAGCCAUGGGUGCUCUCUGCAUUAGCAUGGAGCUCGUGCCCAUCGAUAAGGCCAAGGUGCAGACCGUCGGGUUUGGCCGGAGCGACCCGAACAACAGCCCGUUCCUGCCACCGCCGGCCGGCCGCCUCAAGUUCAGUAUGAACCCGUUCUACGUCUUCAACGAACUCCUUGGCCCCAAGAUCUGCCACCGCGUCAUGUGCUGCCUCUGCUGCAUCCUCAUCAUGGUGCUCAUGUACUUCCUUGGUCCUAUCAUCAACCUCAUCAUCGUCGCGUCCAAGUAA